AUGGAGAUGAAUUCUACAUUUCUGCCUUCAAAUUCUGUUGAAUACUGCUAUCAAAAUUUAACCAGAUCCUGUAUAAGGGUCUCCAGGUCUUCUAAUGGUAAAACAGUGCUAUACUGUGUUCUUGUUAUGAUCAUGUUAACAAAUGUGCUUGGAAAUCUAGUCGUUAUUGCUUCCAUUUCACAUUUCAAACAGCUUCAUUCACCACACAAUCUUUUGGUUCUAUCACUGGCCACAGCUGAUCUUUUGUUAGGAUUACUGGUGCUCCCAUUUAGCAUGAUCAGGACAGUGGAAACUUGCUGGUACUUUGGGCCAGAUAUAUGUAGGACUCACAGUUCUGUAGAUUUAUUUUUUUGUACAGUGUCAAUUUUUCAUUUAGGAUUUAUUGCCGUUGAUCGUUAUUUUGCAGUAUGUGAUUCACUGCGUUAUUCUAGUAAAAUGAAUAAUAAAGUAAUUAGCUACAUCAUACUGACUGGGUGGAUACUAGCUGCAAUAUACAGUUAUGGAUCUAUUCAUUCAAAAUCCAAUGAUGAAGGACUACUUUCUACGGUGCCCAUGAUGGCAUGUGAAGGAAGCUGCUUAUUACUUUUUAAUAAGUUGUGGUCAAUUGUUGAUAUUCUGACUUUUGUUUUACCUUGUUCUGCCAUGGUGGUAAUAUAUGCAAGAAUUUACAGUGUUGCAAAAAGUCAAGCAAGGAAAAUUCAAAAUAUGGACAUCAAAUCACAAACGACUGAAGAGAGUCAAGCUGGAAAGAAACGUAAACUAGAACAAAAGGCAGCUAAAACUUUAGGCAUUGUAAUGGGAGCAUUUUUAGCUUGUUGGGUUCCUUAUUUUACUACUACUGUAGUAGAUGCGUUCUACAAUUAUCAGACACCAGCAGUCAUAUUUGAUGGCUUUAUAUGGCUAGCUUACACAAAUUCAGCGUUCAACCCAUUGAUUUAUGGUUUUUUUUAUCCCGGUUUCAGAAAAGCACUAAGGAUUAUUAUUACUUGCAGAAUAUUCCACAAUGACUCAUCAUUAUUUAAGUUAUAUGCAGAGUAAAUAUACAGCUACCAAAACAAGAUGGAAAGUAAGAAAAAUACUGGCAAGCACUAACUACAUUUGU